AUGUGGCUGAUCGAUCAUUUAGCAUUAAAGUUGCACGUCGUGAGUGUGUAGGAGGUGGCGCAAGCAGGAACCGUGCUCCGUCGACGGCGGCCGUUCGGCGAAUGGUUUUCGAUUUUCGGCUUGGUGGCGCUCGCGGAGCCCCCAGCCAGCGGUGGGGCGUGGGCCAGCGGCCUCGCGCUAUAGUGCCCGCACAGUCGCCCUCGCGUCCCGGCAGAGACACAAAGACCAACAGGAAUUAAAAUUUCAAAGUCGCCAUUUUGAGCUAGCAGCAAAAUGUUCAACCAGUCUGCGUGCGUUCGCUAAGUGAUUAGGAUUGACAAUAUAAUUAUUUUGCUUUGAUACAGAGCAGCUGCCCGGACUACGUUGGCCUUCGGCCGUGUAAGAAUUGCAAUGAUUUGGAGUCAAAGUCACCAUCAUGGAUUCGGAUUACGAUCGCAAGUUCGAGGAUAUGAAGAAGUACAUCCCAUUUCUGGAGAGUAUGAUCAAGAGACUGGAGAGUACGAGCACUUCUUCUGCAAAUCCUCGACAGGCGCAACUCGAUAAAAUCCGGUCGUUGCGGGAUCUCCUACUUGACAAGAAAAAAAGAAUGAAAAUGGAGAAUUUGUUGAAAUGCGAACAAGUGCUGGUUAAUUUGUACGCUAAAGUUGAGCAGCGGGAUACAUUACCGGGCAUUAACAAAGCAUCUGAUACAUUAUUUUCAUCUGCUUCUUCUAAGCAAGAUUUAAACUUAUCACGAAGUAAAACCAACCCUGCAGAGGUCAAGACAACUGUAGUGGUAGACGAUCCCGACACCUUGCCUGAAAUUGCCAGGGCCUGUGAGACUGAAGUUAUUUGCACGCCUGGCAGUAAGGAGCCUGCCCUAUUUCAAAGGAGACCUAAUAAAAAAUCUAUUUCACCAUCGCGACCAUCUCAAUCUAUACACACUGAAAAGAAAUCGCCUCAAAAGUCUGUGCCAAAACGGAACUACACUCGAGUCCUAGUAUCACCUGAACCAAGUUCUGAUCGUUGGCCUUCAACCGAAAGAACUACCGAUAAACCUUUGUUCACGAGAAGGUCACCUAUAACACCUUCGCCUUCCUAUUCUAAGAAGGAAAAGAAAAAGUCUUCCAAACAAAACAAACCUCUACCUAAAGAUCUCAAUAUAACUCUAAAUGUGCCAGAAGAAAGUCUGAAUUCAUUGAAUACAGGAGACAUUUUAUCCAGAAUUAUUAAAUGUCCAGACAACGAUGUUGACAUCGACACGUUACGGGACUUACGACAGCAAAUUUUAGGAGAACUAAAACAGACUGGAGCAAGUGAAGACAUAUCUGAUUUGAUACUAAAGUCUUAUAAACAGAAAAAGAAGAAACCUUCAAGGAAGAAAGAUGAAGUCGAAGAAGGAGAAUUAUCCGACAGUGAAAGUGAAGCAAUUGCAAGUGUUUAUGGUAGUCUCGUCGUUGUUGAUAAAAACGAAAGUAAUACAGGGCAAACUAAGAUACCAGAAAAAGAAAAACAGCCACGAAAAAUACAAAUUUGCUUAGUUAUUAACUCUGAUAAGGAAACUGCAUCUACGGAUCAAACUAAUGAACCGCCACGAAUAACUGAUGCGAGUGAUUUUGAAAUGUUUGAUGAUAUCCAACCAGCUAAGUCUGAAGAAAUUACUAAGACCAAUGAAAGGGAACAGAAAGUAACUACAAAAUUAAUGAAAAGCAAAGAAGACAACAGUGAAAAAGUUACUGAAAAAAUAGGCCCCUUAUCUAAAAUUCAAGACGUGAUAACAAUAGAUGAUGAUGACGUAAGCAAAGACACAAGAAAGGCCAUUGAGCUUGAGUGUAAAUCUAGUGACAGCAGUUUAAUUGAUAUUUCUAGUCCUGAAGGUGUGGGUUCGCCUGAACCAACGGAUAAAAGAGAUUCUGAGACUGCAGCUCCCUUCAGAGCUAAUUUCUACAAACCUUUGAGUGAACCAGAACACAUAACAAAAAAUACUACACAAUUGAAAACCGGGAACGACAAUUCCGAAGAAAAUACUAAUAAUGCGGAUACUAUAAGUAAAGAGGUAACACCAGAAAAAACAGUAGAACAAGAAAAUGGUAACCCGUCAGGUGAAAAAAGUAGUUCCAAUAAAAGUGAUUCUACUCACGAUCAGAUUCUCAAUUCUGAAAAAACAGAUCUAAAUAUUAAAGAAUCAAAUGUUAAUACAGAUAUAAAAGAAACAGAUGAUGUGGCAAACAAUACUGAGGAAAUAGUAGAAAUACCAUUAUUAAAUUUAGAACCCACAGUACCUGCGCCACCUAAAAAAGAUAAUGUGUCCGAGAUUGAGAUUUUACAGGCGUUGAAAAAUGAAAUACUUAGCGAGUCUAUAUCCAUUCCCGGUGCUGAAGUUACGCCUGCAUUACAUCAGCCCAAAGUUACUAAGGUAGCAAGUGCUAAAGAAGUAAUUAAGAAAAGAAUAUCAAUCGAAAAGUAUAAACAGAAAUCAGCACCUACGACAAAGCCAUCCCUGUUUAUCAACGACCCAAGUUAUUCGAGGUAUAGCGAUCAAAGUAAAAAGCACAGUCUAAAACUUACAGAAGAAGAAUUGGAAAGAUUCAAUUUUCCUGCGAAACUAGCCUUACAUGACAGUUCUGAAGAGGAAAAUGAAGGUAAAGAUGAAGCCACAUAUUCACUUGAAGAUAUUUAUGCAGAUCUUGCUCCUAAAUCACCGGAAACAACAGAAGAACCUAGUACCGAAAAAACGACUCCUAUAAUUAUUCCAGUUGAUCCUGUCAAACCGGUAAUAGUCAGUUCUAAAACCGACGUUGAUAUGAGGACAAUAACUCCAACGAUAUCGCCCAGCGCACAUCAUCAGCCUGUGCAUCAUACAGUACUUCCUUCAUCGGAGGUAAAAAUCGUAUCAGAACCUGAAACGAAGGUAGAACCAAAAAGAUCACUUUUAGUGGAUCCUCGUAUGCGAAGGGAGCUAAAUAAGUCUACGAACAAAGAAAGUCCCAAUCCACAUGCUAUUAUCCAAGAAAGAACACCACGGCCAAUGGGGACGUUCCCUAACAUGACACCUAAUUUAGCACCUAACAUGACUCCAAACUCCAGAUCUUUUGAGAUGACCCCGUCGCGUCAAUCAAUUGAAGCAGAUGAUAACAACUCUCGUAAACAUGUUUACGCGCCAUUUCCAACUGUUGACUCACGUUGGGAAUCUAAUUCCGACUACACGAAAGAGAGUCGGAAUAAUCGUUGGGAACCGUGGAUGGACGUCGAUACAUCAGAUGGGAGUCAUUCAAGAAAGUGGGAAGAUCGCGAUCGCAGAAGUGGUUCUGUGCGCGAUAAUGAUUAUCAAAAAUCCCGAUAUGACACUGAAGCAAACAGUUCUAGAUAUAGUCAGGAUCAGGGAGAUACAUAUAGUAGAAUAGAUUGCCCGAGAACCCCCGUUCACCCUUUCGGAAGAUCAGAUUGUCCUCCGACACCUACUCCUUCUUUUGGGAUGUUAGACGGUCCUAUCAAUCCAUUUAUUAGGGCAGAUUGUCCACCUACCCCUGGACAUCCUUUUGGAAUGUCCGAUUAUCCAAUGACGCCCAGCCAUCCCUUUGGUAGAACUGAUGUACCUAUGACUCCUAGUCAUCCAUUUGGUCGAUCUGAUAUGCCAAUGACUCCAAGUCAUCCUUUUGGGCGGAUAGAUGUCACAAUGACUCCUAGUCACCCGUUUGGGCGGACAGAUGCUCCAAUGACUCCUAGUCAUCCGUUUGGGCGGACAGAUGCUCCAAUGACUCCCAGCCACCCUUUUGGAAGAUCCGAUGCACCAAUUACUCCUAGUCAUCAAUUUGGAAGAUCUGAUUCAGGAAUGGCGCCUAUGACUCCAAAUCAUCCCUUUGGAAGAUCGGAUUAUACUCACAAUCAGCAUAUUCCGGGUCCUAGAAAAGAUCCGAGACUAAACAGGAGUAGUGACUAUGGUUCCAGUAAAAGAAAGCAUGAUAACAGGGAUCGAGGUUAUAAAGAUCAGAGAAAGUCUGACAAUAGAUCUUACAAUAACGAUUCUUAUUAUGGUAGAGAGCAAAGCGUUGGAAGAAAUGAUAGACACCUAGUCGACCGUAGGAAUAAUAGAGAUUCAAUGCGAGGUCAGAGCAGGGGGCGUAGUGUAACUCGAGAUUAUGAGCCAGAGAAUAUCUACCCUGGUGAUCACAGCGGGAAUAGGCUGAACGACUUUUAUCAUGACGUAGAAACGUCUAAAUACAGUGAAGCGGAAACAAGACGAGGCUAUCAGCGCGCUCAAAGCGUCGGUCGCUCAAGGCCAGAAGAGAGGUUUUGUCGUUCUUCAUCAAGAGCUCCAAGUUUUGAGCGUAAUUAUGAAAAAGAAGUUAAUAAUGAUAAUACCUUAUCGGUCAAGCCACAGUCAGGUCGGUCUUUUACAAUUGAUACAAGCGUUAAUACGACAUUCCAGGAGUUUUUAAAGGAUAAAGGACUGCAAGAAUUUGAUCGUUCCUUUGAUUCUCGGAGACAACGUGCAGCAAGCGUUGGACGGUCGUUGACACGAGAACCUGGCGUUGGGAAGAAUUUCCGUGAAAGCAGUGUUGGAAGAACAAUGGCCAAACCACCUCACUUAAUUAAUGAAGACACCUCAGGAUAUAAAACUAUGGUUCAUUUUGUGCGGGCAAGAAGUAUGGGGCGAGACUUAGCCGAUAAACCAGAAAAGAGCUUCAAGGAUAUUAAAGCAGAGUUUGAAUCUUAUCGGACUAAUAAUAAACCUAAACAAAUCAAUCCAAACAUUAGGUCUAAAGGGGCCCCAUCUAGUCACAGUAAUCGCAAGAAAGACUUUUACGGAGAACACGGUAAAAUAACUGCUUCUACCAGCCAUAUUAAAAAACCCGCAUAUUCACCUCGUAAAAAUUAUCGAGAUCCCAGAAUGCGCAAUGAUAAUUACGACAGCAAAAAUAAAAACAGACACCAAGACAAAAAGAAUUUUGGAAUAGUUUACACACACGAUAAUAUUACCAAAGGCACUAUUUUAGGGUCCGGGUAUGGCGUGAAAAAUUAUAAAAUUCCUAAGAUAAAACGACCUGUUGAAGAACCGGUUGUGAAGGAAGCACAAAAAAAUUCUAAAAUUAAUGAAAAGAAAAAUACCGUCGUAGAGAAGGAAAAACAUGUUAUAAUCAGGAAAGGAACAAAGAAAGAACAAGUUACAGAAAUUGACUGUCAGGCUAAGCUUGUUACGAAGAAAGGAAAAGAUAAGCAUUUCGGGAAGGAAGAAGACAAAAAACAGAAUAUUAUUGAAAGUAAGCCCAAACAGGCGAGAAAAACAAAGAGGAGUGAUAAAAUCGAACCUGAAACAUCUGCUCCUAUAGCAACCACGGUCAGAACUAGGAGAGCAAAGAAGGCUGUUUUUGAUUCAGAUUCAGAUUCUGAACCUACUACUAAAACUAAAAACGAAGAUAUAGUAAAAGUUGACGUUCCCAAAACAAGCAACAACAAUGAUGAAGAUAUUAUAAGAACUCCCAUUAAAAACAAUGAAGAAGAUAUUUUGGAUACUAGUUUUGGUAUGGAUGAAAUAUUCCCUGAAAAUAUUACAUCAGAUCCAGUAAUGGCUAACAUAAACGCAUUAAUUGCUGACUUGGAUAACGAUAUAGAUACUACAAAAACAGAAGAUCUUAGCAACGUAUUUAAAGAUAUCGCAUUUAAUAGUUUGCUGGAAAGUAUAAGCACUCCUAGUGACAAUAAACAACUCGCUUUAGAACAAUCUUUAAAUGAUAUAUCGGAAGUUAUUGAAACUCAUUCACAAAACAUAAUUCCCGAUGGAGAAAAAGAGCUAGCAGCGCAGGCUGAGGAACAAACUAAUGAGACAAAUGUAAACGUGCCAAAUCAAAAUCCUGGAAGUCUUGUAAAAGAAGCUAAAGAAAGUAAAUUAAAUGACAUUUCUAACAGUAACAAUAAACCAUUAACAAGAGAAUCAUGUGAUAACGGGAAGAACGAAAAGAAUGUAAACGAUCUAGUUAUUAACCAAGAUAUAGUUUCUACUACAGAAAUUGAAAAAGAGCCUUUGAAUAAAUUAGAAGAAGUUAAUACCGAUCGCUGCUCUACUCCUGACAGCACCAUAAAUACUAAUGAGGUUGUUCAUAACCAGUCUCAUGAUGAAGUUGGUUUACCUGAUAGCACAAAUGAGAAAAAUGAUAUGCAAACUGACGUAACAUCAACUCAUGAUCAAUCUGAAUCAUCUGAGAAAAAUACAAGCUUAGAAACUGAGCCGAUAUCUAUAGGAAAUUUGCUUUCCAUAUUAAAAGACAAAUCAACAACUAAAAAAUUACUUAGUAUGCUAGGUGAUCAAUCUGAGGAAAACCAAAAAAUUAAGAAGAAACUUGAAAUGUUGCUUAGUGAAUCUGAUGAAGAAGAUACAAAUGAUGGAAUGAGAGAUGACUUAAAUGAAAAAGGGGAAGAAAUUGAAAAUGACGAGAAUAAUACAUCAGAAGAAAAAGUUAAGGAGAAUAUCCCAGAAGAUGAAAGUCCGAACAUCUCGGUUGAUGAAACACAGGCGGUCAAGGAAUCUGAGGAUUUAUCGAAAGCGAAGGAGAGCUCAAAAGAAUUGAAUGAAACUGAAACCACGACACUCGAUAAUACAGAGGAAGUAACCGAAGAAAAACAAAGUCCAGAUUUAGGUAAGCCGCGAAAGGUUACACCUAAAAAAAAUAGAAAGGGCAAAAACAAACCAGGCAAAAAAGUUGCAAUUUCUAAAGAAAGGCGAGUGACUCGAUCAGGUGUGGCAGUCUCGCGGAUGGAAAAACCUAAAAAAGCUUCAAGAGAACUAAGACAACUCCAAGAAUCUAUUAAAGAGAUGUUCAUGAGUGACGACAUAUUAAACGCAACAGGAAUAAGAAUGUGUCGUUUAGCAAAAAUGGCUGAUGAUAAGAGUGUUACUCGUUCAGAAGAGGAUAGUGCAUCCAUAUCAGAACCUAAGCCUGUGGUUGUAUUGGAAAAGUUUAAUGAAAAACAAAAUAUUCAAGAUCCACCGAAAACGAGAAAAAAGCCUGGACCCAAAGUAAAACCUAAGAUUUCAGUAUCCGAAAUACCAGCAAAAUCCGAUAGUGUAUCAAAAGAAAUUAAAACAUCGCUUAUUUCGAAGCACAGACCUGGGCCAAAAUCCAAAACAAAAAUUGUUCAAGAAGAAUCUGACCCCUACUCAUUUGAUGACUCCGUUAGUGAAGCAACUACUGGACAAACGAGCGUGCACACUAGCUCAGAUUCGGAUGAUGACUCUAUAGCGUCAUCUAAGAGUUUUGGCAGUUCUGAAGUAUUAGCUGACAUAAAGAAAAAACCGAAACGAAAACGACGCCCUGUAUGGCAGUCAGGUGUUAUUAAAAGUUCUAAAAGACGAAAGAAGUCAGACACUAAGCAAGUCGAUUCUUCGUACGAUGACGCAUCAUCAUUAAUACCAGAAAAGCCAGUAAUUAUACCGGAUAUGAACUGUUUUACAGAUAAAACAUACUGUUUUCUUAAAAAUAUCUGUACAUAUUACUGUCGUCUCUGUGAAUACAGUGGAACCGAAAUAGUAAAGCACUACAAAAGUGAUCAUCCCCAUUCAGAAAUUCCUUUAUCUAGAAUGGAUCCAACCGUAGCUCGAGAAGCCAUUGAUGAAUGCGAAAAUGUACAUUUUCAAACCAUCAGUAAAAUGUCUACUGAUAAAUAUGUCUGUAGAUUUUGUUUUGAAGAGUUUUAUAAUAAAAGAGCCGUAUUGGAAGAAUUCUUCUGGCAUGUUGUCAGUAUGCAUACGGGAGAAUAUAAGAGACUGUGUUCUGAGUGUACUAAUGUAUAUAGAUGUCCAUUUAAUCUAGACAUUCCUCCGCCGCCAAAAGAUGUAAAAGGUCAACUUAUUGGUUACAUUUGUGGAAAGUGCUAUUUUACUCAAAUUUCUCUUGAAAAUCUUAAAAUUCAUGUUAUCGUCCGCCAUAAUGAUGAGCAGACGGCAGUAUAUACGAUUAAUUUGGCAGCAAUAGGCAAAAGAACCAUGAAGACAUUAUUGAAACGCUGCAAAGAACAGCCACGAGUCCUUAGAAGCUUGCGAUCACAUCCUAACGCUGAUGAAGAAACAGGGAACCAAAGCGAACACAGCAAUCCUGUUGAGAAUGAUUCUAGCGACACAGAUUCAAAAGCUACAUCUUCGAAAGAAAUAGAUUCCCUGCCUAUAGGCUCUGUCCAGGCUAAACUUGAGUUUGAAAGCGAUGAUUAUAUUAACAAUAAAGAAAAUAAUGACAGUCCUACGGUAAAGGUUGAAAGAAAUGAUAAUGCAAUUGAAAAUCAAGAAUAUCUUGAACAUGAAUCAGACGCGAUUCAUCAACAUGCUUCAUCAGAUAUUCUAGAUUAUCCUCAUUUCAAAAUCAGCUACAAAGAGUCUGGGACAAAAGAAUAUGUGUGUUGCAUAAACGGAACGGAUAACCACUACAAAACCAGCCUUCUAAUAUCAAUGAAGAAGCAUGUUCAGACAAAACAUUCUGAAAUAUGGGAUGGAUACUGUUUUGUUUGCAAGGUUAUAGUGAUGCCACAAGGACAACAUUAUUUAUUCAAGGAAUGCCUGCAGCACCUUCUUGAUAAGCACAUGGAUAAUUUACCAGUUCUUGAAGAAAAAGAAAUUGAUAAUAGUUCUGAAAAAACGAUAAAUCCGGAUGAUACUACACCUGAUGCUAAAAGAUCUGAUUCCUCGAAAACUUAUAUAAACGUUCGUCCAUUGUCUGAUUUACUGUCUAAAGAACCUACAGAUGAAAAUCCAGUGGCGUUGCCAAAAAUACAAAGUGUAAUAAGUCUAGGUGCUGUACCUGGUGAAGCAUCUCCACCAUCUCCAAUUUGUACAUCUCAGACAGAAACUGACCACGAUGAAACAACAAUGUCUUUCAAAACUCCAUCCUUGCCAUCAAAAACUGCGUCAGCGCCUGCACCAGUGCCUGAAGAAAUUGUCAAAUAUGAAGAAGUACAGGCCGAAGUGUUGUCAAAGAAACAUCGCGUCAUUAUAGACGCAAUGAUGAGUCACGAAAAGUUGAUUCAGAUUUAUAAAUGUGCUGGUCGUUUCUGCUCUUUUACUACUGACUCCGCGGAUGCGGCAGUACUUCAUGCAUCUUCACAUCAACGCAUAGGCGGAGAGAAUUCCUUAAAUUGUGCUUAUUGCGAUUUUGAUUGCCGAGGCAAUGCUAUCGAUUUGGUCAUGCAUGUAUUUAAGGUGCACGGCCGUUGUCAGUACGCGUGUGGCCAUUGUUUUUACCGCGCUUGUGCCAGUCAGCUGGUGGUAUUUCAUAUAACUAGGAUCCACGGCGAAGCCGCUUCACAAAUUGUUCUUGAGGCUACAACGGUUACCCCUGUGAACGAAGAUUCUACAUCGAAUGUGUUGCCCAGAGAAACUGCUGUUCAGCACUAUAUUUGUAAUAGCUUGGACGGUACAUGCAAGUUUAAAACCUACAUGCCAGGGAAGUUUAUUGACCAUCUUUCGAAACAUGCUGCCACGGAUUACACCUGUUAUAUUUGUUCGGAAGUCUUGCAAAAUCCAAAUGAAUUGUUAUACCACAUGAAAAAUCACGGAAUGAAGUUGUAUCAGUGCACUUGGUGCAUUGAUGGUGGCGAUAAUGAAGCAGAUUUUAUGGCACAUUCAUCGGCAAGACAUCCUGCUAGAGAACCACAAGCUUACUUAAGAAUCACUACAACGGCGCAGAAGGAUGGCGCAUCUAAAACCAUGAUCCUGCCUUUGGUGAAAUUAAAUAAUAGUAAUAAAUCCAACAUACCGACUACACUGGUAACACCGAAUGCUAACGUUGAAGAUCCUGCUAAAGAAGCAGAGAGAGCGAUUGAUUUGGAGAAAAUUAUCACGUCUAUGCCGCUUCUUGCUAGCGAAGCUAAAAAGCCACAGAUACCUACAUUAGCCCCAACAUGUGAGCUUCCUCCUGUGUCAUCUCCUAUUGAAGAUACAUUCGAACCUGAAAUUAUUCUAGAUCCACAAACUUUGAGUACUCCGCCACGUUCGGAGCAGAUUGACGAACCUACUGUGUCGAUUCUGACUCACGUUAUCAAAAAGGAACCGUUGCCUGAGACUCCUACUAAGGAUUCCUCCACUUCAGAUGUAAUCUGCUUGGAUAGCGAUGAAGAAGACUGCAUAGAUUCAUCUGAUUCCAGAGCAAAAGUUAUAGAUUUAUCAGAAGAAAACUCGUCUCCCACUGCCAAUGUUUCUUCUCAACCAAAACCUGAACUAACUAAAUUACUACCACUGGAAUUGUUCAAAUGCCAAAAGUGUAAUGUUACGUUUAAAAAUCAUCCUGGUUUUAAGAGACAUAUUACAUCUUGCUUUAUCGGCUUUGAUACUUAUCGCUGUGCCCACUGCCCUAUGACAACCAAGGAUGUAAACGAUUUAUGUUUGCAUUACAAUGCCGAUCAUUCUCAUCAGGUCACCCAAACAAAGCUGGCCCACAUUUGCGGUGUGUGUCAGCGUACAGAUAAAAGUAAAUGGGUUAUAACAUACCACCUAAAGAAAGAUCAUGGCGCCACGCAUUUAGUGACGACUGCAAAGUUUGAAGACAACAAAUCAGUUGGCUAUGUUUACACUAUCGGCAACGGACCCAAACAAAAACAAACAUCCAAAAGGAAGCAGUCUUUAAGUUCCUCAUCAGAUACACCGCCUAAAAGAACGCGCUAUAGCCCGCAAGAUUUAGAUAAGCUGCCACAAAAGCCCAUUCUGGAUGAUUUGACAUAUUGCUCUGAAUGCGAGUUUAGUACCAAGGUCCGUUUGAAUUUGGUUCGUCAUUUCCAACAACACGCCGAAGCUCAGACGGUGCCUCAGACAACUCCUGUUAACCCUGUGCCACACCUUGAAACAAAUGAGAGACAUUUUGAUAAGAUGGUAAACCUCGCUUCCAGCUCUCUGGAAACUAUUAGGUCUGAUAAGCAGCCACCUGCAGUAACCUACCACAUUCCGGAAGAAGCGGCAUUACGGUUUCCAAAAUAUGUACCUGACAAAUUACGAUACACCUGCGGGGCUAAAGGUUGUUCCUACAUCUCAGUCGAUGAAGGCAUGUUCAAAUGUCAUUGGGAUACAUUACAUGCUAGUUCUAAUUAUUAUCAUUGCGUACAUUGCCCCCCACUCCAAUCUGUGGACACAUCUAGACCUUUGGUAGCUGGAAGAAUAUUAACGCAUUUGAAAAUGCAUGACGCUCGUUUGUAUGCUUGCACGUCCUGUACUUUCUACCAUUUUAGAAAGAACAUUCUAGAAAAGCAUUUGGCUGAGGUCCACAAAGGUGCCGGUGAAGUAAUGGUGGUCAGAGAAGAAUUUACAAAUCAAUCUCCUGUCAGUCUUCCUCAGCCGUCUAAUGCGGCGCCUACGAUGGAUCUGAAACCUUGGAAAUGCGGGUUGUGUGAGUUUAAGAGCAUGUUGCGACCUGCAGUCAUCGAACACUGUUCUAAAGCACAUAGCACCAAAAUGCAGUUUAAAUGUCCCGUUUGCCCAUUUAGGACAUCUGCGUUGGAAAAUGUGACUAAACAUCAAUCGCAUUCUCACCCUGGGAACAUUGAGGAAGUGUUUUACUAUUACUACAGGGAAGGGUCUAUUCCUGACGAACCGGAUGGCACCCCACGUUGGAUGAAGCAACGGCAGAAGAUGGGUAACCCAGAACCUGAAGUUAAAACCGAAACGCCAGAUACUUCUCAACAAAGCACAACAUCCCUGGCCCCCAUUCUUCCUACUCCUGCUCGAGUAGACCUGGAUAUUGUGAAAAAAGAAGUUGUCGACACAGAAUGUGAAGAAUCUAUAGAGGAUCUCUGUAAACACUUCGGUGAAAUUUGUGAUCCCAAUGGACUGAAGUACAAAUGUCCCUUAUGCAAGUUUGUUAUUGAAGAUAGUAAAGAUGCGAUGCAGUCGCAUCUAUAUGAAGAAUUGCAGUACAGGAAGUGGGGUUGCAGCAUAUGUUCGUAUAAAGCUUUCCAUAAGACGGGAUUACAUGACCACGUAGUUACUGAACACGCACAAAAGCGGCAGAUUGAUCCUAUAGAGCUGCCACCCGACACACGCGUAGAGAGAUGGGUGUCUUACGUUCUAGAUCACCAAUCCGCAGCCAUUGAGUCCAAUAAAACAAACUUGGGCCGACAGAAAAUUCAGGUUGAUAAGCCUGGUUUGUCCUCUGCUCCUACACCAGCAAAAGAAAUCGAAACCCCUAGAGCAACGGUCUUGCCUCCAACAAAGAAGCCAGAUCAUAAAGAUAUUGACAAUAUCGUGCAAGCAUUUGGACCGUUGGGUUCACCGAACAGUACGAAUUUCUGUUGCCCUAAAUGUGCUUUCCAAACUGCAGACGAUGGGGUGAUAAAGGAUCAUUUGGAAACCGAACUGAACAAGAUCAGGUGGCGUUGCAGCGGUUGUUGUGAACAUUCCCAGAAUUACCAUGAAGCUCAGCUGCAUUCGAAGACGUGCAAGAGUUCCCUGGCAGGCCAGGCGCCUCGGCCUGUUGAAGCUGUCCGGGACCCCACAGUCAGGGCUGCCUGGGUCGCAGCCGUCAUAAGCACACAGAAACUCACCAUCAAUCAAGCUCCCGCUACCGUUCAAACACCACGUACUUCCACCGACGACGCAAAACAAAGUAAGCCCGAUAAUUCCUUGCUAGUCGUCAGGUACGAAGAGGAAGUACAAAUACCUGAAGAAGAAAUGUUAAGCACAAGAAAAAGACCCGCCACCACGGUCUCUUCACCCGAUAGCGACGACGAACGCCUGGUCAUUGAUGAAGAAACUCUGAAGAAAGUCAGAAACUGUCCCUACUGCGAAUAUUCAUCAAAAUACCAACAGGCACUCGAAUUCCACAUGCUGCGACAUUGGAACCUUAGACCCUACACAUGCUGUUACUGUGAAUCAACUGUAUCCAAAAACUCUAUAACCGGUCAUACCGCCCAGGUCCACCCAGGCAUGCCAGAGCGCUAUAAGAGGACUAGAGUUCCGACCACACCGCCUACCGUAUUAGAGUUAGCCAAAAGAGGGAAGCGGUUUAUAAGCCAUGACGAUACAAAAACCAAAGACGAGAUGGUAAAAGACAGUAGACCACGGUUGGUCUGCUUAGUAUGUGAAAAUGUAAUCCUUGAGGGUGAGUCUGACAAACAUAAGCACGAUGUACCUACAUAUUUCGCACGCAAAGGCGAUGUCGUAGUCAAGUGCUGUAUUUGCUUAUCAUUGGUCCCAAAUAUCAAUUGUUUGAAAGAACACCAACUUCAAAAUCAUCCUAACGUUCAGAUUAAUUACGCGUAUUUUAAACUAAGUGUUGACACUAGAGAGAUCCUCGUGUGCGGGCAUUGCAGUAAGUAUUUUAAGUAUAUGAGGGACUUACAGACGCACCACGAUGCACACCACGCGGCCCUGCAACUGAAAUAUGAGUCUAAGGUCGUAGUGGCGUACGACGCCGAAUGUGACAAGGAGGGCGGUGAAACUUCUAGAAAUAAAACGAAUGAAUGUGAAAACUUGACGGUACCAACAGUUAGAAAGGUCGCAAAAAAAUCCACAACUAAACUGCCUAGCCAAACUGUGGCGCGCAAAUCUACUACGAAACUGCCUUUCUAUUUCUAUCCCGAACUUGAGUCGGAGAGAGAGUUUUCCUUCUAUGGCACUAAGCCUACUCCACUCGGAGAACUAGACAACGUUACUACGCUGAUGCCAUUCUGUAACACUAUGAUGCCUUUCACUAUGAAGAAAUUAAGUGAAAUAAUUAAGAUCGAUCCCGUAGUUCUCGUCAAAGAUUGUAAAAAAUGACUGUGAAACCGUGAUUCUUCAGUAAGAGGUGAGAGGGUGAUUGAACAUUAACAAAUUAGGUAUUUGAAAUGACGAGAAGUGAUUAGAAACGUACUAUUGGUUGGUUUGUGUAGAUCUUAAUACCAUAAUUAUAAGGAAAGACGAUAUAUGGAUGUCAAGAUUGUGUUUUUUGUUUCGAAUGAGUCGAUACUUUCAAGCUGCUGCUUAUAGUGAACAUUAUUUUUAAGAUUGCAAAGAAACUUUAAUGUUACUUUAAAGUUCUUUAUCCAUUUGUCCUUUUCUAAUACAGCCAUUAUUAUGUAUAAAGCCAUUAUUUUGAAAAAUAUGGCAAAUGUCUGUGAUUUGUUUAACAUUCUAUAUGAUAAGUAACAUUUAAGAUUAAGUAGGAAUCCAAUUACGAGUAUUUCAAUUUGAUUGCAUUUGUACUUUUGUAGGAAGGAGUUUUUGUUUUUUUUUUGUUUUAAUGCUGCAGGUACUUUGUUUUGUAUUUUUGGACUAAUAUGUAUUUACUAUUAAUGUAGAUAGUAAACAUUUCGUGAACCUCAGUUGUAAGCAUUUCUGAUUUUUGCUUUAUUGAGUUACUUUAUUAAUGUGAAAAAUGUAUAGAAACUUAAUUUGUAUGUUAUAAAUUAAUCUGACCAAUUCCCAUUCCGUUAAAUUGUCAAUUUGCGUAUUGAUCAAUGUCUAAAUAUAAGGAAUGUAAAACAUCCUUUUCACUGUUCAAUAGACACUUUUUUCCUUAUGGGGCAAAAAAGAUCUUGUGGCACUUCAAUGGGUCUUAAAAAGCAAUAUUGCAAUUUGACAUUUGCGCAUAUAAAGGUAAGUGCGCAAUGCAAACAAUUUUCAAAUGCCAAUAUUGCUUUUUUAGACGAAUCGCUUCAAUGUGGCCUUUUUAACCCCCAAGGAGUGCGUAUGUGCACAUCAUUGUUGGCCAUGACUAAAACGGCGUUAUUGACAUUUGUUGUUGUCAAGAACUGUCAAAAAUGCCGGCGUUAGUUUCGAUUAUUGCCACGUUCCAAAAGGUUGACAGUGCGGCUGAUCUGGCAGACAUCAAAUUUAUUAUAUUUUGGUUUGACAGUUUAAAACUGGCUUAUGUUAUGAUACUAUUUUACAGUUGUCGAAACUAAAAUAAAAUGAAAGUUUUGCUUGCCGGAAUCUGCGUCAAAGUAUGUUCAAAAGUAAUACUUAUCUAUAAAUAAAAAUGAUUAAACUAUGUACAGCAGUAAUAUUGCAAUAGCAAAAUAAUAAUUUUUCUUUUCAGUUAAUUAUCAAAACCUAUGAAUACAAAUUUUGUAAUAAA